AUGCGGUGGCGGCUGCCGGGCGCCCGAUCGACCCUCCCCGCCAGCGUCGCCCUCCUCCUACUCCCUUUCCUGGUGGCUCCGCAGCAGCUCUCAGAUCAUGACUCUUCGACCUCUCGAAGCUCCGUGCCCGUAGCCGGAGCAGAUUCCUCCAUACUACACACAGCCCCCGUGGCUAAGCCCAUCGUGAAAACUAACGAUGCGAGCGCCCUGGCAACUCUGGCUCUGGCGGGCUCCGGCCGCGCCGUUCGAGCCCCUCCUGUCCAGGCAAGCAGCACUGCUGCUGGCCUGGCUUCGCAGCUUCACGCGCGGUCCCUGCAGGACUGGGAGGUCGAGGACUUUGUGCUAUUGGCGACCGUCGACGGAACCAUUCACGCCCGAGACCGAAAAACCGGCGCUGCUCGUUGGGCCCUUGAGGUUCCCAGCAGUCCCUUGGUGGAAAGCAUCUACCAUCGAGCGAACCGAACCAGUUUCGAUGAUACUGAACCGGAAGAUGACUUCUUGUGGAUUGUAGAGCCCAGCCAGGAUGGCAGCCUCUACAUCUACAGCCCUGGGCAGGAUGCUGGACUACAGAAGCUUGGCCUGACCGUCAAGCAAUUGGUGGAUGAAACACCCUAUUCUGGCACCAGUCCCGCUGUCACCUAUACCGCCCGAAAAGAAACCACACUUUACACAAUUGAUGCUCGCACUGGAAGUAUCCUGCGGGUCUUCAGCUCCCGCGGACCAUUCACAACCGGUCAAGAAUGUCGGAAGGUGGACGGUCAAGAUUUGGACUCGGAGGAGUGCGAAACAACGUCUGGUACAUUGGUGCUUGGUCGAGUCGAAUAUGCCGUAGCCAUACAAAACACCGAGACUGGCGACCCAAUAUGUACUUUGAAGUACUCGGAGUGGACGCCCAACAACCGUGAUAUGGACCUCCAGAGCCAGUAUGUCCGUACGAUGGAUCAGAGCCAUGUCUACAGUAUGCAUGAUGGAAUUGUCUUGGGAUUUGACCAUUCUCGCAUGGACCGCCCUCGCUAUACGCAACGUUUCUCAUCGCCUGUUGCGCGUGUUUUCGAUGUCAUUCGACCGGCCAACAAAGACGCACCGGAUGCCUCGACACCGCUGGUUCUGCUGUCGCAGCCGCUGCAGCCUCCGGAUCCUGACUACGGUCCUUUGGACGAGCGCGACAUGCGUGUGUUUAUUGACUCCACCAAUGCUGGUGGAUGGUAUGCAUUGUCUGAAGAGACAUACCCUCUCGUCACUGGUACUGCUCACAUGGCUCCGGUAUAUGAUAAGGAUUUCUUUCCGCCGGGCCAGCAGCGAGAUGCACUGGCUGGUGUGCACUCAUUGAAUGGUCCACGAAUCGUCCCGCCAAUUCCUCGACUCACUGGCUCCUCCACGACCGAGCUUUCCAACGACACUCCACGGGAGAUUCUUCGCAGUCCCUCUGAGCUGGCUCUUCCACCAGCUUUGCGACGUAGCACAAUAAUUCGCAAGAGCUGGGACAAUGCAUUGGACAUCAUUGUCACUAUGAUAUUGCUCUUCAUUGCCACGUUCAUUUAUUUCAACUCGCACCAUAUUCGAGACCUUGCAAAGCAAAAGCUUGAUAUCAAAAAUAUCAUCAACUCCAAUGGUAAGGGAUCCAUGUCGACACCAGCCACCCCGAUUGUCGGGGGAACGCCGGAUUUCAAGCGAGCAACGACUCCAACUCGCCCGGUCUCUGAUGUGACUGUGGACGUCAAAUUGCCUGAUUCCCCUGAUAGUGAUGCUACUCCCCGACCCUCCCGAGAUAGCAGUGUUCCUGCAAGAAGCUCAACCCCUCGAGUCCAAUUUGAAGACGGGGAUGUGGACGAACAAGAAAUCGAUAAAACGUCAGGCAAGAAGAAUCGCAAACGUGGAACUCGGGGUGGAAAGAAUCACAGACGUCGCAGAAAGCCUGGCUUGGAGGGUGAUACGACCGAUCAAGCCGACCAGGUCGUGGAACAAGUAAAUCGCCUAGCCCCACAGACUCGUCUGGAACCCGAUAUCCAGCUCACCCGCACUGUGUCGAAUGAAAUUACGGAAAUGGACGGGGUCAUUCGGAUCGGACGUUUGGAAGUCUUUACCGAUACCGUGCUUGGUCAUGGCAGUCAUGGCACUGUCGUUUUUCGUGGCUCAUUUGACGGUCGGCAUGUGGCGGUCAAGCGUAUGCUUAUGGAAUUCUACGAUAUCGCCUCUCACGAGGUCGGACUACUUCAGGAAAGUGAUGACCACAACAAUGUCAUUCGUUACUUCUGCCGUGAGCAAGCGGCCGGUUUCUUGUAUAUCGGUUUGGAGCUAUGUCCGGCUUCUCUGCAGGAUGUCACGGAGCGACCGAUCCAGUUCCCAGAGCUUGUUCAGGGCGGCUUGGACUUGCCCGACGUACUCCGUCAGAUCACACAAGGUGUUCGAUAUCUACAUUCCCUCAAGAUCGUCCAUCGGGAUCUGAAGCCCCAAAAUAUUCUGGUGGCCAUGCCCCGUGGUCGUACCACGUCGCAGGCUCUGCGACUGCUUAUAUCUGACUUUGGCCUGUGCAAGAAACUCGAGGACAACCAGAGCUCUUUCCGUGCCACAACCGCUCACGCUGCCGGCACCUCUGGCUGGCGUGCCCCUGAGCUGUUGGUCGAUGAUGAUACCGGCCCUCUGAGUCUCGUAUCGCAACAUACGGAGUCCUCGGAGCCCGCUGUUGUGGACCCGCAGACCAAUCGCCGUGCCACUCGAGCCAUUGAUAUCUUCUCCUUGGGCUGUGUGUUUUACUACGUUUUGACCCGUGGGAGUCAUCCGUUCGACAAGAAUGGCAAGUUCAUGCGCGAGGCCAAUAUUGUGAAAGGACACUUCAACCUGGAGGAGUUGGAUCGGUUGGGUGACUAUGCCUUUGAGGCUGAUGAUCUUAUCCGCUCCAUGUUGUCUCUUGACCCACGCCGGCGACCCGAUGCAAGCACCGUUCUGAUGCACCCUUUCUUCUGGCCGCCGUCAGACCGACUCAGCUUCCUUUGCGAUGUCUCCGAUCAUUUCGAGUUUGAAACUCGCGAUCCACCGUCGGACGCAUUGCUUUGCUUAGAGUCUGUGGCUCACAAUGUGAUGGGGCCGGAGAUGGACUUUUUGCGCUUGCUCCCUCGGGAUUUCAAGGAUAAUCUGGGUAAGCAGCGCAAGUACACCGGCUCGCGCAUGCUGGAUCUCCUACGUGCCCUUCGCAACAAGCGCAACCACUACAACGACAUGCCGGAGUACCUCAAAGCACAUAUUGGAGGCCUACCAGAGGGUUAUCUUAACUUCUGGACGGUUCGCUUCCCUAGUCUGUUGAUGAGCUGCCACUGGGUCAUCACAGAAUUGAAAUUGUCACAGAUUGACCGGUUCCGGCGUUACUUCACUCUGCCGGAGUAG